GCUCGCGUACGCUGACUUGCGCAGGCCUCCGGUGCAGCUGGCCAUGGCGGAGCUGGGUGAAGCCGACGAGGCGGAGUUGCAGCGCCUGGUGGCCGCCGAGCAGCAGAAGGUGCAAUUCACGGCUCAGGUGCAUCGCUUCAUGGAACUGUGUUGGGAUAAGUGUGUGGAAAAGCCAGGAAAUCGUCUAGAUUCUCGCACUGAAAACUGUCUCUCUAGUUGUGUGGACCGCUUCAUUGACACUACUCUAGCCAUCACCAGUCGGUUUGCCCAAAUUGUACAGAAAGGACAGUAGGUCAUCCAUUCAGAGAGUGACAGAAGGACUUAUUAAGUAGGGAAAAAAUUGUUAACCCAUUUUAAAGUUAACAUCAGGUGGUUGCCAAGAGUGUUCUAAAAAGCAACAGAUCAAAUGGUGAAAAAGUGAAAUUCAUUUAUUUGGAAUUCAGUGAUUCCAGUUUGUAUCAUACCAGUUAUUCAAUAAAUGUGGAGUCUCCGGUUCUUUCUUUUAAA